GCCAUCGGGGUGCGCAGGUCUCAGGAUGACUCGAACCAUGGAGCCGCUGGCAAGGAAGAUCUUUAAAGGAGUUUUAGCAGCUGAACUUGUGGGUGUUUUUGGAGCUUAUUUUUUGUUUAAAAAGAUGAACUCGAGCCAAGAUUUCAGGCAAACAAUGAGCAAGAUAUUCCCCUUCGUUCUGGAAGUUUAUUACAAAUCCAUUGAACAGUCUGGAAUGUAUGGAAUGAGAGAGAAAGAUCAAGAAAAGUGGUUGGAGAGCAAGAAUUAAGGAUUUGGUUGCUGUUCAGGAUUUAUCCUCAGAAGAAAUCAACAGUAUCGCUCAGGAUUAAAAUCCCACAGGUGACAUGGAUGGAGUUCGUAAUAGGUGAAGCAAACUAUACAUUAUAAUUCAGGUCUUAUUCUUUGGACUUGA